GUAAAAGACUCUCUUCCCCAAUCUCGCCGUCCUCGUAGAAAGCCCAGCGAAAGCUGAGGUUUUCAUACUCCCCUCCCCCUCCCUGCACCUCCUUCGCCGACCCCCGCCUCAAGUUCCGGCGGCGGCGAGAUGGUGGUGGUGUCUAGCAGCGGCGGGGGGAACGCGUGGGCGAAGGAGAUGACCCUCCGACGAAGGAUGGCCAGCAUAUUCAACAAGACGCAGGACCAUUUCCCGUCUCUGAGAGAUUACAAUGAUUAUCUGGAAGAAGUUGAGGAUAUGACCUUCAACCUGAUCGAGGGGAUAGAUGUCGAGGAGAUUGAAGCUAAAAUUGCCAGGUACCAGCAGGAAAAUGCCGAACAAAUAUACUUGUCUCGAGCUAAAAGGGCUGAAGAUCUUGCCGCUGCCCUUAAAGCAAGCAGAAUGAACCCUGGGAAGGCUGGUGCCAGCGAUAUGCAGGCUGCUGGAAGCUCCCAGGGCAUUAGCAGUGGCACAGGAGUUCAGGGCCAGUAUGCGCCUGCUGCUGUUGGGAUGGCUCAGCCCCGGCCGACUGGUAUGCCCCCGCAACCAAUUUGUGGUUCGUCAGAUCCUCUUCAAGGAGACGAUGAGGAGACCAUGAGACUACGAGCUGAGAGAGGAGCUCGAGCAGGUGGAUGGACUAUUGAAAUGGGCAAGAGAAGAGCAUUAGAGGAAGCGUUCAGCAGUAUAUUCAUCUGAUGACCAGAUUGAAGGAUACCUCAUGAAUCCAUGGCAACCUUGGGACAGCCACAUCGUAUUUGCUACUGGUCCAAUUCUGAAUUUUAAGCUAUGGGGACUGAGACCGAUCAGCGCCAAGCGGCCUGCUGAUUGGAAAGAUCAUUGCUUAGCCUGGAAAGUUGCAUCUUGCUGUGUUUAUUCAUAGCAUGAAUGUGAUAUCUAUGCGUGUGUAGAACUCCGGAAAAGAUUGUCAUAAACGUGAGUUGACCCAUGGGUAAUCCAUGGCUGACUCUAGUUUAACUAAUGAAUUAUUUAUUUUUCAGACGUAAAAAAUAAAACUAUUUUAUUUAGUUAAACUACAGCCAGCCAUAGAUUACUCAUGGCUGACCCGUUCUCAUUCCUGAAGGCUGAAGCAGUGUGUUAUUUCUGAAACUUCAUCAUGUCCAUUUGGGCUGUGACAUUUCGUCAUUGGUAAGACACAAUUUCUGUUGAGGACUAACAAUAGGCUUGUGGAUUUCCAGAUAAUAAUAAAAGAGGUUUGGAACUGCUAUUAACACCCUGAGCAUAGCCGAAAUUACCAUUGUUGUCAGAACCUUCUACCUUUGGUAUAUCCAUAGAUGAUCUGGCAUAUGAGCUUGAAACUUGUCUUUUCAUC